AUGAAGUUCUCCCGGGCUCUUCUUGCUCUGUCUGCUCUGAGCAAUGUGGCAUUUGCCGCUCCUUUCACCAAUGGAGAGCUGCAAGCUACCAAUCAGAGCCCCAAUCCCGAAGAAGAAGUGAAAGCCCAUCUUGAAAAGAGGUUGACUUGUCAAAGUGUUGCAAGAGCUAUUUGGGUUGGUCAUGGAGUACUCGAGGCAGCGGAAGCGUUCAAUUUGAUUUUGGAGCUUACUGGCAAAGUCAGUGCUGGUUCUGCAUUGGUUGAUGGUGCCUCUGCAGUCUUGAAGAGUACUCGCCGGUCAAUCCCACCGAUCUCUGAAUAUGACAUGGAAGCCCUGACAGCGAACCGUUCCAUCAAUUCUCACGAAAAAGUUGUGAAUCCACUCCUUGGAAUCAAGGCCAAUGACGGUACGCCAGCGUUGGCUCAUCACUAUCGUCUGAAUGGGGUGAAAGGAAAGGAGGAUAACAGAACGCGUGAUUAUGAUAUCCAUCAUUUCGAGGACGGCACUGCUCACCUUAGGGUGCCCUUCGUCGGAUCCGGCAGCUCUGUCACCAAGCGACACGACGGAGCGGGGGUCAAGAUUGCUUUCCAACACGCGUCUGUCGCCCUUGCUCCCAGUGAAUAUAGCGGGGCAGCCGGGACUAUUGCCACUAGAUGGCAAGAGUAUGCGGAGCAGGGCCAUGCCAACGUUUUCGGGUUCAUGGAGAAGAACAACAAGGAGGUUUUUUACUAUCGUUCUAUUGUGGAGGGUCAAGGAUUUGGCAACAACUAUGAAGAUGUUAUGGCCUGUGGCGAUAUGAGCACACUUGUUGGGACGUUCUUGGGAAGUCCGUAA